AACGCAUGAUCACAGCUGACCCUGGUACUUCCCUCAGGCCGAAUUUGCCUCAUUGGUCACAUGUGGCCAUGUAUCUUCGUCGGUAAGGUAUACUCUCUUUGAAAGCGGCAUCAAGCGUCCGUUGCCAUCAAAGGGUCGAUGGCGAUCGCAUUCCAAGGCUUCCCUUGAUUUGUUCAAGUAAUGCCAGGCAUCUAUAGGCUAUUGACGUUGCGUCGCGCGCCGAUUUGAAGAGGGCUUGGAUGUCUGGUGCGCUGCAUUGCAUCCGUGAUUUCUUCCGUCCCUUCCGCGUUAUCUUGGGAAUAUCGUACCGGCGGCGUCCUCUUCUUGUUCGUCGCUUUGGAGUUUAACCGCGUCCAAGCUGAUAUUAUUGUUUGCACGCACUCUCGUGGGACCGGAAAUGUUGGUCAUAUCUCAGCAGUCGCCAUGAUGCCCCAUGAUGCCCUGAAUCACCAUUAUCCAUGCAACCACGAAGAAACCAACCCAGGGCGCGCUUUUUUCUUCUCCAUCCUCAACGUGUUCGCUUUCUACCUGGUCUGUUCAGUCUAGUUGCGAACGUAUGACUGCUUCGUCACCUCCCUGCGGCGCCGCUAUCCCUCGUUGCGUUUAUGCAAUGAACAGCCGUAUCCAGUCCGGACCCUCGAUACGUCACCAAGAUUCGUCGCUGCCUCUACAUCGCCGUUGUUUUACGAAGUGCAAAACGUGCCCAAGGUACCUUCAGCUGGUCGUAUCUCAGGCUUGGGAUAGUCUUCUCGACUCCUGGGAUCUAGUUGUCCACGUAGCCCAGACCUAUCCGAGCUCUACGUGGGGUCCACCGAGUUCACCUGUCUCUGGUCGGUUCUGGCCUUUUCGCCGUCGUGUCUAUCCCGCUGUGCUUCGCUUUCUCGUUCGCCGCAUCUCCUGUGGUUGAUGCCAGGCGCAUAGGUGGUGUUGCAGGUUGUAUGAUGUUGUUGUUCCCUCC